UCCCUUACUUCCCCCACCUCCCCUUCCCCUCCAACCCCAUCCCUCCCCGCCAAAGACACCCCAUUUCACCCGGGGGGGGUGGGGGCUCCCCCCCAAGCAUGGCCCUGACUGCGGGGCCGUGGCCGGAACCUCCCCUUCCUCCUCCUCCUCCUCCUCCUCCCGGUGGCCCGGAGGUGGCGGGGAAGGCGGGGGGGGACUGCCUGGUGUGCGGGGACAAGGCGAGCGGGAAGCACUACGGGCAGGUGACCUGCGAGGGCUGCAAAAGCUUCUUCAAACGCUCCGUUCGUCGCAAUCUUUCCUACAGCUGCCGGGGGGGUCGGGAUUGCCCCGUGGAUCAACCCCACCGCAACCAGUGCCAGUACUGCCGGCUCCGCAAGUGUCUGCGUGUGGGGAUGCGGAGGGAAGCCGUGCAGCGAGGCCGCAUGGCGCACGCCCCGAGCAGUCCCGGCCAAUAUCCCGUGGUCCCCAGGGAUCCCUAUGGCGGUCACGGCUAUUUAAGCGGCUUCAUCUCCUUGCUGCUCCGCGCCGAACCGUACCCCCCGGCUCGCUACGGCUCCCAGUGCCUGCAACCCAGCGGUGUGGUCAGCAUCGAGAGCAUCUGCGAGCUGGCCGCUCGCCUCCUCUUCAGUGCCAUCGAAUGGGCCAAGGGCAUCCCUUUCUUCCCGGAUUUGCAACUUUCUGAUCAAGUCGCUUUGCUCCGGUUGGGUUGGAGCGAGCUCUUCGUGUUGAACGCGGCGCAGUCAGCUUUACCGUUGCAUGCCGCCCCGUUGUUGGCCACCGCCGGGCUCCAUGCCGCUCCGAUGGCUGCCGACCGCGUGGUGGCUUUCAUGGAUCACAUCCGCCUCUUCCAGGAGCAGGUGGAGAAGCUGAAGGUGCUGCGCGUCGACGCCGCCGAGUACGCCUGUCUCAAGGCCGUGGCUCUCUUCUCCCCUGACGCAGUGGGGCUGUCAGACCCGGGGCAGGUGGCUGGCCUGCAGGAGAAGUCGCAGUGCGCACUGGAGGAGCACGUGCGGCGGCAGCACCCCAGCCAGCCCAGCCGGUUCGGGCGCCUGCUCCUGCGCCUGCCUGCCCUCCGCAGCGUCUCCGCCCCUGGCAUCCAGCAGCUCUUCUUCAGCCGCCUGGUCGGCAAGACCCCCAUCGAGACCCUCAUCCGCGACAUGCUGCUUGCCGGUGCCACCCUCAACUGGCCCUACGGCCCCAUGCAGUGACACCCUGUCCCGGGAUGGGGACCCCAAGGAGGAGACCCCAAAGAUGGGGACACCAAGGACAGGGAUCCCAAGGUUGGGACCCCAAGGAUGGGAUGCCAAAGAUGGGAUCCCAAUGAUGGGACCCCCAAAGACAGGGACAUGAAGGAUGGGGACCCCAAGGAUGGGAUCCCAAAGAUGGGGACCCCCAAGGAUUGGCCCCCAAGGAGGGGACUCCAAAGAUGGGGACACCGAGGUUGGUGACCCCAACAAUGGGGACCCAGGGACAGGGAUGCUGCUGGGGGGGAUUUUUUUUUUUCCCCUAUUUAAGGGAGAAAAGCAGGUUUUGGGGCGCUAAACCGCAAGUGCUAGGGGGAAGCAGCCCCCAGCUGGUGCCUCCCCCUGCGGGGCAUGGGGAGAGGGGGGACUAUUUAUAAAGAGAAAAUAAAAUAAAAGCCUAUAUUAUAUCCUCA